AUGGGAGGUGUUGAUCGAAAUGAUCAAAUGAAGUCAUAUUAUGCCAUCAAGUUUAGAUCAAGGAAAUGGUGGCAUAGAGUAUUUUUUGAAUUGCUUGAUCGCUGCGUUGUAAAUGGCCAUAUAUUGGAAUUGGAGUCGCCAAAUCAUGAACCGCGAACUUUGAAGGAAUUUCGUGUUGAACUCGCAAAGAAACUUAUUGGGGAUUAUACUUCUAGAAAACGACCAGGUCGUCCCUCCAUGGAAUUAACUGCAAGGCUAACUGAGAGACAUUUUCCAAGUCAUCUCCCUACCAAUGAGAAGGGCAAAGUAAAAGAAAGACGAUGUCAUGUUUGCUCCACAAAGGAUCAACCGAGGAAGACAUCCUACUGGUGCGCGGAUUGCGGAGUUGGACUGUGCGCGGCUCCAUGUUUCCGCAUUCACCACACACACCAAUAA